UUAUCUGUCAUAUUCAAAAUCAGCUAGUUAUGCAAAUAGUGGAAUAUUAUUUGCUUUAUUGGAGAUUAAUUUUUUUCAAUUCAUGCUUUCUCCAUUUGUUUUCAAAUUCUGUUUUGGGAAGUCUAGCUGAUAUCUGUAGACUUAAGUGAAACAAAUACUUUAAAGGAAAGUGGUUAAAUAUAAUCAUUUUACCCAAAUAUUUUGUUAUAUUGGAACUGCAGUUCUAUUAAUAGCAGAGAUGUUUUAUUAAUUCAAAUUGUUAUAUGUAUUGUUCUCUUUUGAGUGUCUGCGUAGACACCGUUAGUGUACGUGUUUUGGAAAGGAUAAUGUGUAGGAUUCAUAUUUUAGUCUACCUGAAAUUUGUUUAAGGAAAUAAUUUACAGUAUUUAUAUAAAUCAGUGGAAAGGUACAGAGAACUUCUGCAUCAUAAAUAUCAGAAAAGUAGAUUAAAUUUAUAGUGAUGAUUACAUGUAGCAUUCUAAAGUCUGGAAAGUUUGUGUUAAGCCAUGUAAUUAUUGGAUAUGUGGGCUUGUUGAGAGAAGAAAUCAGUGUAAAGGAACCUUAAUGUUGGGCUUUGUUCUGUGAUGUAAAGCCUCCAAAGAGUUACAUACUGCUGCAUUCAAUAGACGUAAGUAUGUCACACACCUGGCAUCUUCUGUUGCAGAUAAACCCUUUACUUAUUAAAAUCAGCACCUACUGAAAUGUUAGCUUUUCUUUAAGUGUAGGUGCAAUUCUUCUUUAUUACUUGAGUCUAAGGUUGUAUUUGAAAAAAGAAUUCAAUUUAAGGAUGGUUCAAAAUUUUAAAUUUCAUAUUUAAGGGAUGUGUUCAUCUUGAAUUAAUAGAUGUGCCUUAAUGAAAUACUGGUCUAAGUGCCUCAAAUUCCAGGAGGAUGUGUUAUGUAAUGAAAGGACUACUGGAUUUCCAUUCUGCAUCUGAUUUGCUGAAGAUGAUUUUCAGAUGCUUCUUAUUAAAAUAUUCUUAAUCCUUCAAAUUUUUUACUUUUAACACCUUGAGCAUCAGCUUCAAAUAAUGACUAAAUAAGGGGAAAAGGUAAUAAAAUAUUACAAAUGGGAUAGUAAGCUACAUUACUCAACUACAUGAAAGGUUAAUUGACACAUUAAAGAACCUAAGAUCACUUGAUUUUUAUUUUUUAAACAUUAUUAAAGAGCAGUCAAUUAUACACACACACACACAUAUAUAUAUACACAUACACACACACAAACACACAUACAUACACACACAGACAUUCUGACCAAAAUGUAAAAUGUACAAACUCACUGAAUAGUGAAUGCAUUCAAAGAGUAACAAGAGAAUCUAUAGAAUAGGUGCGACAUCAUUAACUCCUAUGUGAAAACUUGCUUUUCCAUUUUUUUUAAAAGAAAAUGUUAUAUGCUUCUCAGAGUAGGGUGUUUGAAAAAAAAGUAAAGGUUAUGGAUUUGGGUACGCUUCCUCUGAGUUAACUUUUUUGUGCAAUGGAAAAAUAUCUUUAAACCCUCUAUAAACUACUAACAGACUUUAUAAAAUGCUUGAUCCAUACAUUCUGAAUGUACAUACUAUAUAUACCAUAUACUUUUAAAUAUCUGAGUUUUUAGUUUUAUAUGUGUUCUGAAGAAUAAUUUUUCAUACUAAUUGAAGUGUUCAUACAAUGAACACUUGGCAUUGUGUGGGAAGGCCCUUGCUUUGGAAUGUUUUGGAGCAAAGUCUUGAGUCAGUUAUGUUUUUGAUGUUUGUAUAAAGGUGACAAUGAGUGGCUGUCCAGAAUUCUGGAUAUCAUGACUAGUUUAAGAUGCUAUAAUGCUUUUCCACUAUAAGGUAAAUUCAGUGUGGAACUCAUUGCUUAUUGCUGCGCACCUGCCUGGUUUUAGAAUAACAAUACAUUAUGUAGGCUAAAGAUAAUUUCUUUAAGAAGAUUUUCUGGUUUGGAAAUGUAAUUAAAACUAUAAGACACCUGUCAGAAACAUGGAAAAUGGCAUGUUAUUGACCAGGGAAAAGUGUAAAUAACAAAAGUUUGGUAUGAUCAGAUGGUAAACUGGGGACCAAGGAAAAGUGGACAGGAAGAUUACUUACAUAAUUAAAUAAUAUAAUUAUAAGGACUCACAAUUCACUCCCCAAUCCUAAUAAACACAUCAUUGUCAGGCUACUUAAGAAGAAGCAGUACAGUUCAGAACAAUUGUGAUGUAGUAUGAAAAAACGUAUUUUGUGAAAGUUUUUCAUCUGGUCCAGGGUGGUUCAUGCCUUAUAAUCCCAGCACUUUGGGAGGCUGAGGUGGGAGGAUUGCUUAAAGCCACGUGUUGAUGCCCAGCCUGGGCAACAUAGUGAGACCCCACCUCUACAGAAAAAAGAAAAAAUUUCAAUCAUACUUAUUUAAUUAAAAGUAGACACUUGGAAACAAAGGAAAAGAGACCCUCUUGCUUCUUGCUAUACUUCUAUUUUAUAAGGUCAAUCAUUUCCUCAUUACCUGUAACUUCUUUUGGGGGGAAAUAAUAAAGAUAAAAGAGAAGAAAGUGAAACAUAGAAUGAAACUAAAAGCUAUGAGAUUAUAACUUUUAGAAGUUAGAAGAAAAGGAAAUAGAAUGCAAUAACAAUACACGUGAAGCUGAUAUUUCAAGCAUCUUUAUACUGCGUCUUCUGCCAUCACCAAAAAUAGCUUUCAUUCGUAUGAUUUUUCUAUGUAUCAUUUUAUUUGGUCCUCAUUUCUACUAAAGUAAGCAGAGAAGAUGUUAUUAUGACCAUUUUAUGAAAAUAGAAACUAAAAAACAUGACGGGAUUGAGCAAGAUUAUCUCUGCCCUUUGACAAGUAAAAGGUACUUGAUUUGGAUGGAUAAAGCUCAAAUUAAAAGAAAUAACAGACUAAAGAUAUAGUAAAUAUAUUUAAUGUUUUUUAAAAGUUCUUUUAAAAUGGGAAGAAAGUAUCACUAUCAGUACACUGCCGAUUUUUCUCCUAACUGGCUCCUUAUUUGGAGAGGAUUUAGUCACCACUACUGCAGUUCUGUGGCGGAGGCGCCGGGUGCCGCUCUUGGCUAGUGCUGUGCAAAGUAUUGGCUCCUCCCGCCGCAGCCAACUUGGAAGAAAAGUGUACUCUCUAUCCGGCUUCCUGCAGCGGAGACACCCAUCAGAGAACCCAAGCACCAAGACAAAACAAAUAGUUGGUUCUGCUCAGAGAGGUCUUGGGAUUAUUUAAAGAUCUCCUCUCCGCGGAUUUAGAAAGGCAAAGGCGCAGAGAGUGGGAUGGGAAAUAGCUCCGGAUGGAGCUGCCCAGCAGAGCGGAGGCGAAUGCUGUUUCUCUUCCUGCUCUCUUUGUUAGGCCAGGGGCUCUCCCAACCGAUCCGCUACGCUAUUCCCGAGGAGCAGGACGGAGGCUCCCUGGUAGGGAACCUCGCCAAGCACCUGGGUUUUGGCGUAGGGGAUUUACCUACUCGGAACCUGCGGGUUAUUGCAGAGAAGAAAUUCUUUACCGUGCGCCCCGAAAAUGGGGACUUAUUUGUGAGCGACCGUAUGGACUGAGAGGAGAUUUGUGGCAAGAAGUCAACGUGUGUUCUGGAAUUUGAAAUGGUUGCUGAAAAGCCUUUAAACUUUUUUCAUGUAACCGUGCUGAUCCAGGAUAUUAACAACAACCCACCGACCGUUAGCGAAAAUAUCACUGAGCUGGAAAUCAGCGAACUGGCGAUCACUGGAGCCACCAUUGCCGUGGAAUCUGCUCAGGAUCCUGAUGUAGGUGUCAGUUCGCUGCAGCAGUACUACCUCAGCCCUGAUCCGCACUUCUUUUUAAUUCAGAAGGAGAACCUGGAUGGCAGUAGGUACCCAGAACUAGUACUGAAAGCACCCCUGGAUAGGGAACAGCAGCCGCAUCACCACCUGGUCCUCACAGCUGUGGAUGGGGGCGAGCCCUCCAGAAGCUGUACCACCCAGAUCAGGGUAAUUGUCGCAGACGCAAGUGAUAACCCGCCAGUAUUUACUCAGGACAUGUACAGGGUCCGUGUUGCAGAGAACCUGCCCGCUGGCUCCUUGGUAUUAAAAGUGAUGGCCACUGACUUGGAUGAGGGCGUUAAUGCCGAGAUCAUCAGUGCCUUCAUCAAUAUUGGUAAGGCAGUGAGACAAUUGUUCAAGCUGGACAGUAAAACGGGGGAACUCACCACUGUUGGAGAACUGGACUUUGAAGAGAGUGAUAGCUACACAAUUGGGGUGGAAACAAAGGAUGGUGGACAUCACACUACAUAUUGUAAAGUACAGAUAGAUAUUUCAGAUUAAAAUGACAAUGCCCUGGAGAUAACCCUGGCUUCUGAAUCCCAACAUAUACAAGAAGAUGCUGAGCUGGGGACUGCUAUUGCCCUGAUCAAAACACAUGAUCUAGAUUCUGGAUUUAAUGGAGAAAUCCUAUGCCAACUAAAAGGAAAGUUUCCCUUUAAAAUCGUUCAAGAUACCAAAAACACAUACAGGUUGGUGUCAGAUGGAGCCCUGGACCGGGAGCAGAUCCCAGAAUACAAUGUGACGAUCACAGCUACCGACAAAGGCAAUCCACCGCUCUCCUCCAGCAAGACCAUCACUCUGACCAUCACUCUGCACAUCCUUGUUGUCAAUGACAACGUUCCAGUUUUCCACCAGCCCUCCUACACGGUACAUGUAGCUGAGAACAACCCGCCUGGAGCCUCCAUUGCGCAUGUUAGCGCCUCCGAUCCCGACUUGGGACCUAACGGCCUUGUCUACUACUACAUCGUGGCCAGUGACCUGGAGCCGCGGGAGCUGUCGUCCUACGUGUCCAUGAGCGCGCGGAGCGGGGUCGUGUUCGCGCAGCGAGCCUUCGACCACGAGCAGCUGCGCGCCUUUGAGCUCACGCUGCAGGCCCGCGACCAGGGCUCGCCGGCGCUCAGCGCCAACGUGAGCCUGCGGGUGUUGGUGGGCGACCGCAACGACAAUGCACUGCGGGUGCUAGACGGCUCUGCGCUCUUCGAUAUGGUGCCGCGCGCUGCAGAGCCUGGCUACCUGGUGACCAAGGUGGUGGCUGUGGACGCAGACUCGGGACCCAACGCCUGGCUGUCCUACCACAUUCAGCAGCCUAGCGAGCCCGGGCUGCUCAGCCUGGGACUGCGCACCAGUGAGGUGCGCACGGCGCGUACCUUGGGCGACAGGGAGGCCGCCCGCCAGCGCCUGCUGGUCACUGUUUGUGAUGGAGGACAGCCGCCUCUUUCAGCCACCGUCACGCUGCACCUAAUCUUCGCAGAUAGCAUGCGAGAGAUACAACCUGACCUUAGCGACCGUCCCACUCCCUCUGACCUUCAGGCAGUACUGUUUCACCUAGUAGUGGCGUUGGCCUUGAUCUCAGUGCUCUUCCUCCUCGCGGUGAUUCUGGCCAUCUCCCUGCGCCUGCGACGCUCUUCCAGACCCGCCACUGAGGGCUACUUUCAGCCUGGUCUCUACUCCAAGACUGUACCUGGAGUUCUCCCCAACUACAGUGAAAGGACUUUGCUUUAUUCCUACAGUCUGUGUGCUGCCUCACAUUCCUCAAACACCGAGUUUAAAUUUCUCAAUAUAAAGGCUGAAGAUGCUGCACCACAAGAUCUGCUAUGUGAUGAAGCGUCUUGGUUUGAAAGUAAUGACAAUCCAAAAAUGCCUUCUAAUUCAGGCAAUUUGCAACAGGUGAGUUUCUUCAAACCUUUCCUUCCAUAAAUAUAACUGGGUUUCAAUUCAUUGAUUUAGAGAUAAAAUGUUUACAGAUUAAAUAUUUCCUGAUUACAUUAUUUUAUUGAUUUUCUGGGUGUGGAGUAGGGUGCCUAGGAAAUUCUUUGUAGAAUUUCCUGUAGAAUAUCUGUAUGGCAGUUGUUCUUUCAUAGAAAGCCUCCUUUUGAUAGUCUUGAAAUUUUUGUUAAUCCUAAUAUACUAUAAUCUGAAACAUUUUUAAUACAGUAUUGUCUCACACUGUCAUUUUCAGACAUAUCUAUCCAGAAUUAGACACAAAUCUGUACAAUUAAGUGGUUUACUUAGUUUUAAUGCAGUCAAUCCUAAAAUAUAUUAAACAUAAUGUAUAUCUUAAGACAUUUUAAAUGUAACCUAUAUAUAAUAUUUUUACUUCCCUUUGCAUGUUUUUAAAAGUAUACACAGAUGUUGCCUGUGUCAGGGCAUUUUUUAAUUUCUAUGCUAAUCAAAAGAAAUAAUGGAUCUAAAAUGGCAACUCUUGUAUUGGGUACUAUAGUGAAUUGGUUCAAAACGUGUUUGUGUAGCAUAUGCCUGUAGUCCCAGCUACUCGGGAGGCUGAGGUGGGAGGAUCCCUUGACCCCAGAAGGUUGCGGCUGCAAUGAUCUAUAAUUGUGCCCCUGCACUCUAGCCUGGGAGACAGAGAGAGAGUUUGUCUCAAAAAAAUGUGUUUGUGGUUGUUGGUACCCUUAUUGAAAGU